UGCAACGCAACAAUCAAACACACUGAUGAGUUUUACUCCAACAGCAGCUUUGAUUCUCUACAGCUUCAGCUGGAUCUUGGUCUCAGUUUGUGAGUCUCACAUGGUCGAGGUCCAACCCGGUGAAACAGUCACUCUGUUCUGUCAAAACUUCACCGGUCAUCGUUCAUCCAUAACCUGGUUCCGAUUAGUGGGCCGAUCCAACAUCAACAGGAUCUCGUCCAAGUUCAGCUCUGAUGUGCCUGCUUCGUUCUUCAAAGAAUUUCGGGAUGAAAAAUACGAAAUGACGUCCAACACCUCCACCAUCUUCCUCCAAUUAAAGCGUGUGGAUCAAUCAAGCUCUGGGCUGUAUUUCUGUGGAUUUUACAGCAGUAAUAACCCUGUAAUUGUCAGUGCGACAUAUUUAAGAGUUCAAGUUAUCAAUGGAAUCACAACCUCAAUGAAGGCGAUCCUCGGUAGUGUGAACAUUUUGCUCAUGAUGGUCAUCUUUGGUCUCUUGGUCAAAAUCAGGAAAGUUCAGAGAGAUCUUGAUGAACAGAAUCUACAGUGGAGAGAGAACAAAGGAUGUGAUGACCUGAACUACGCAGCCCUGAGUUUCCCUCUGAAAGCCAAGAGGAGGCCCGGGUGGCAGGAAGAUGUGGACCCAAAUGCUGGGUAUGCUGCCACCAGAUAAGCCCAGGAAGCAACCGGUACUGCAACUGAAAAUGGAACCAACUUUCAAAUGGUUUUGUAGAGUUGGCUGAUUUGAUCAUCU